GUCUCCAAACGUACUUACCGCUUUAAACCUGAACAAUUAGAAAAAUGUCCUUUGCGACCGCGAGCACACGCGCCCUCUCAAGGCCUGCUAGCUUCUCUUUGAGGACAAAUGCGUCCUUCAAAUCGAGCCGAGCUCCCCGUUCAAGGCUUUUAGUACACACGGCAGGCCACGAAGCACCUGUCAUUGCCACAGCGCGUCCCGGCUAUGCGUUCCGUCGCAAUUGUGCGGGUGAAUCAUGGAACAAUGUAUUCAAAAGUCAGCACCGCAUUUUCUACUUUCAUUUGGCGCUAAACCGGUAUUUUUAAGGAUGGGCAACUUCCACUACACUGCAUUCGACGGCAUCGGAUCCUGCAGAGAUGGAAGCCAUGCAAUGUCUAGAACAGGGGACCCAGAAGCUAGAGGAGGGUGACAUUCAAGGCGCCAAAGAACUUUACAAUCGUAGUGUCGAAAUCAAGCGUAACGCUAGCUCUCUGUUCAACUUGGGCGUCACGCAUUAUCACCUCAAGGAGUUUGACAACGCCAUUGCGGCUUGGAAGGAGUCAAUAGCACUGCAACCCGCUAGUGCCGAUGCUCACACAAACCUCGCAAGCGCAUACAUAAUAUCUCCUGUUGCACGUCCUGACCUCGCUUUGCAUCAUCUCCAUAUUGCGGCUUCCCUCUCACCGGAAGACCCUGAGAUCGCCUUCAAUCUCGCCGCAGUUUUGGAAGCCACUGGGCAACUCGAAGAGGCUCUGAAGCAGUAUAAACGUGCCAAAGAAUACGGCGUCGAGCGUGCCGCAAUGCAUAUUCGGAACGUGAGCGCAAAGAUUCUAGGCAAGACCAUAAAAAUCGCGGAAAACACGGAUAGCACGGACAGCUCAGCAAGAAAAUCAGAUUCGUAAUGCCGAUUCCCGCGCGGGUUUUGUCGGCAUC